AUGGCGUCGAGAACGCAAACCAACUGGACCAUCGGUCUCGGGCUUGUCCUCUGGAUUUGCCUGCUCUUCUCCCCCUUGGCCUUCACCUCGGCCAAGGCUGACGAGGUUGACAACUACGGAACUGUCAUCGGUAUUGAUCUGGGAACCACAUACAGCUGUGUCGGUGUGAUGCAGAAGGGCAAGGUCGAGAUUCUUGUCAACGACCAAGGAAACCGUAUUACCCCGUCAUACGUGGCCUUUACCGAGGAGGAGCGGUUAGUCGGUGACGCCGCAAAGAACCAGGCCGCCUCGAACCCCCACAACACGAUCUUUGAUAUCAAGCGAAUCAUCGGCCGGAAGUUCUCCGACAAGGAUGUUCAGACCGAUAUGAAGCACUUCCCCUACAAGGUUGUCAACAAGGAUGGCAAGCCCGUGGUUUCCGUCGCCGUCAACGGCCAGGACAAGCAGUUCACUCCCGAGGAGGUCUCUGCCAUGGUCCUGGGCAAGAUGAAGGAGGUUGCCGAGAGCUACCUCGGAAAGAAGGUUACCCACGCCGUCGUUACCGUCCCCGCCUACUUCAACGACAACCAGCGCCAGGCCACCAAGGAUGCUGGUGUUAUCGCUGGCCUCAAUGUUCUCCGCAUUGUCAACGAGCCCACCGCCGCAGCUAUUGCGUACGGUCUCGACAAGACCGGCAAGGAGCAGACUAUCCUCGUUUUCGACCUGGGUGGUGGUACCUUCGAUGUGUCGCUGCUCUCUAUCGACCAGGGUGUCUUCGAGGUCUUGGCUACCGCUGGUGACACCCAUCUCGGUGGUGAGGAUUUCGACCAGCGCAUCAUCAACCACUUUGCCAAGCAGUACAACAAGAAGAACGGCGUCGAUAUCACCAAGGACGCCAAGGCCAUGGGCAAGCUUAAGCGUGAGGCCGAGAAGGCCAAGCGAACCCUCUCUUCUCAGAUGUCCACCCGUAUCGAGAUUGAGGCCUUCUUUGAGGGCAACGACUUCUCCGAGACCCUGACCCGCGCCAAGUUCGAGGAGCUGAACAUGGACCUGUUCAAGAAGACCAUCAAGCCUGUUGAGCAGGUUAUCAAGGACGCUAAGCUGACCAAGGCCGAUGUUGAUGACAUUGUUCUGGUCGGUGGUUCCACCCGUAUUCCCAAGGUCCAGUCCCUCAUCGAGGAGUACUUUGGUGGUAAGAAGGCCAGCAAGGGUAUCAACCCUGAUGAGGCUGUUGCCUUCGGUGCCGCUGUUCAGGCUGGUGUCCUUUCCGGCGAGGAGGGUACUGAGGAGAUCGUUCUCAUGGAUGUGAACCCGCUCACUCUCGGUAUCGAGACCACCGGCGGUGUCAUGACCAAGCUUAUCCCCCGUAACACUCCUAUCCCUACCCGCAAGAGCCAGAUCUUCUCCACCGCUGCCGACAACCAGCCCGUGGUUCUGAUCCAGGUCUUCGAGGGUGAGCGUUCCUUGACCAAGGACAACAACCUGCUUGGCAAGUUCGAGCUUACCGGCAUCCCCCCUGCGCCUCGCGGUGUUCCCCAGAUUGAGGUCAGCUUCGAGCUUGACGCCAACGGAAUUCUCAAGGUCUCUGCUCACGACAAGGGCACUGGCAAGGAGGAGUCCAUCACCAUCACCAACGACAAGGGUCGCCUGACCCAGGACGAGAUUGACCGCAUGGUUGCCGAGGCUGAGAAGUAUGCCGAGGAGGAUAAGGCCACUCGUGAGCGUAUUGAGGCCCGAAACGGCCUUGAGAACUACGCUUUCAGCCUUAAGAACCAGGUCAACGAUGAGGAUGGCCUUGGUGGCAAGAUCGACGAGGAGGACAAGGAGACCAUUCUCGAUGCCGUUAAGGAGGCCACCGAGUGGCUUGACGAGAACGCCGCCACUGCCACCACUGAGGACUUCGAGGAGGCCAAGGAGAAGCUCUCGAACGUCGCUUACCCGAUCACGAGCAAGCUGUACUCUGGAGGUGCUGGUGGCGCUGGUGGCGAGGGCGCGGAUGAGCCCCCGAGCCAUGACGAGUUGUAA